AUGAAUAUAAUAUGCCGUACGAUAAUUUCUUCUCUCCGUACAACAAAUCGACUACAUAAAAAUCCCUUAAUAACAGCUGUGCGACAUCAUGGUGAAUACGAAUGGCAAGAUCCAAAAUCAGAAGAUGAAGUUGUAAAUAUUAGUUUUAUUAAUAAAGAUGGCAAACAUGUUCCUUUACGUGGUAAAGUUGGUGAUAAUCUUCUAUAUUUGGGACAUCGUUAUGGUGUAGAAAUAGAAGGUGCUUGCGAAGCAUCGUUAGCUUGUUCGACUUGCCAUGUUUAUGUAAAAGAAGAAUAUCUUGAUAAAUUACCCGAACCAAAAGAAGAAGAAGAAGAUCAACUGGAUUUAGCUGCGUUUUUAAAAGAUAAUUCACGAUUAGGUUGUCAAAUUGUUCUAAAAAAGAAUCUUGAAGGGGCAGAAUUUACUUUACCACAAGCAACUCGAAACUAUUAUGUCGACGGUCAUAAACCAAAGCCACAUUAA